AUGUCUGAGUUACCAAAAAACCUUUACGACCUCUCUUGGAACGAGUUCCGAAAGAUCGACUGGGAAAAGUUCGUAGAUUUCAGGUACUUUGUUUCAAGCUGCAGGUGGGGACGAUGUUGGGUUAAGAAAUAUCGCGGCAAACGAAUUCCCAUGAGGUGUAAGAACCACUACUUCAAAAGGGUACAACAGAUGCUGGACCGACAGCGAGAGGAUGACACCGAAGCUAGACUGCAAGCUUUGGUCGAGGAAAACGAAAGGCGCAAGAAAGCCCUGGCUGACAUGGAACCCCUCGAGCCCAACACGUUGUGGGUUCCACUGGAACAAGGCGUCGCGAUCAUUCGCGGUAGUCUGCUGCUUGGCCUCGCGAACUUCUUCCGUGAUUGCGAGAUCACCGUGCACAAACUUAACCAGCCAAACGCGAAACAGACGCUUACCACAAAAGGCGGGACCUUAAUCAGAGCCAGCAAAAGACUCGAAUCCCUCACCCAGAGGUCUGCGCAACUUCGGGUGCAUAUCGAGAAAUUCAAGAAACCGCCCGAUACGGAGGACCUCAAGAACCCGGCUCAGGCGGCUCUGCGCGACAUGCAGGGUUUGCAGGCGAAUCACCUGUGCAUGCUCAUUCUGUUCUUUGGCAGCACUGGCGAGCGCAAAUCUGGAGAGAUCGACAGCACAUGCUCAUACUGGAUUCACUGCGCAGAGGGUCUGGAGCAUGGAGACAUUGACAGACUAGGACAAGAGCCAUUCAGCAUGGUCAGACUGUCCAAGCUCCCCGGUCCUGACAUAUUUGAGAUUAUGAUUCGACUUGGAAUUAAGCCAGGGAAGGACGCAGCGAAAAGCUUUCGGGACAGGUUUAAGUCGAAUGUGGUGGAGUGGGAAGUUCUCCCUCAUUCGUUUAAGGAUUUCCACCUGGCGGAAUGGUCAGCUCCAACUGCUGAUGCCGAUUCUGAGAUAUCUGAACUCACAGAUCUUUCUGAUCAAUUUCCUGGGGAAGAUGGGGUGGAAGACGAUGAGCCCGAAGUCAGUGCUGGCCCGUGGACACGCAGGCGCCGCAGUAAGGGAGGCAAAGAAAAGCCCGGUGCUUCCUCAUCCGGCUGA